UAUAGGGCCGCGGUGAGCUGGAGCCGCCAUUCCCGGGCCUGUCGCCGUCGCCACAGCAACCGCAGCCUGCCUUGAUUUCGCGGCUCCCCGGCCAUGGCGUGCUACAAGCUGGUGAUCGUGCGCCACGGCGAGAGCACCUGGAACCAGGAGAACCGCUUCUGCGGCUGGUUCGACGCGGAGCUGAGCGAGAAGGGGCUGUGCGAGGCGAAGCGCGGCGCCGAGGCGCUGAGGGACGCCGGCUACCAGUUCGAUAUUUGCUUCACGUCGGUGCUGAAGCGCGCCAUCCGCACCCUGUGGCUCAUCCUCGACACCACCGACCAGAUGUGGCUGCCCGUCACCCGCACCUGGCGCCUCAACGAGCGGCACUACGGCGGCCUGACCGGCCUGAACAAGGCCGAGACCGCCGCCAAACACGGCGAGGCCCAGGUGAAGAUCUGGCGCCGCUCCUUCGACACCCCGCCGCCCCCCAUGGACGAGCAGCACCCCUACUACACCACCAUCAGCAAGGCUCGGCGCUAUGAAGGACUAAAGUCUUGUGAGCUGCCGACCUGCGAGAGUCUUAAGGAUACAAUUGCACGAGCCCUGCCUUUCUGGAAUGACGUGAUUGCACCGCAGAUCAAGGCAGGGAAGCGCGUCCUGAUCGCGGCCCAUGGGAACAGUCUGCGUGGUAUCGUCAAGCACCUAGAGGGGUUGUCGGAUGCUGCGAUCAUGGAGCUGAACUUGCCGACCGGCAUACCCAUCGUGUACGAGCUGGAUGCCAAUCUGAAGCCCACCAAGCCCAUGCAGUUCCUGGGAGACGAGGCGACGGUGAAGGCAGCCAUGGAGGCCGUGGCAGCUCAGGGCAAGGUGAAGAAGUGAAUCUGGGAGCUGAGCCUGCAACGACCUGCCUGGUACCGGCACAGAUGGGCCUGGAGACAGCCGUGUCGGCAAUGAUAAACCAUGUUUUUGUAAAGUCCUCCUGUAUGCAGUUAUUUAUCACGAAAUGUUAAAUUAAAUGUGAAAGUAUUGGAACUAU